AUGGCCCCCAUUUGCACAUUCACUGGAAUGCAAAGAGUCCAUUCCAGUGCAAUUUUUCACAGCCGUUUCCUAUGCGUCCUGAAAGGAACUCGACUACAUAUAGCUGAGACCGUAGCUCCUCAAAGGGCUCGCAUAUACAAGUCAGGCGUGGUAGCGGCUGCUCCUGGAAAGGUCGAUGUCCUUCUAGUGGGAGGGGGUGGAAGGGAGCAUGCUCUGGCUUGGAAGCUGACACAGUCACCCCUGUGUGACACCCUUUUCUGUGCCCCGGGCAAUCCUGGCAUUUCCAGGGAACAGAGCGUGACAUCUCUGGCAUUGGACGUAGAGAACCAGGAAGAGGUUGUGAGAUGGUGCAAAGACCAGGACAUUGGCUUGGUGUUGGUUGGCCCAGAAGCACCACUGGUCAGCGGACUGAUCGAUGCACUCAAAGCGGGGGGGAUCAGGGCAUUUGGGCCCAGCGCUGCAGCAGCCCAGCUUGAGGGGUCAAAGAAGUUUCUAAAGGACUUAUGCAGAGAUUUUGACAUCCCCACGGGCAGCUAUGAGGCCUUCACAGAGCCAGAGGCAGCCAAGGAGUACAUCAGGGCAAGGGGGGCGCCCAUUGUGGUGAAAGCAGACGGUCUGGCUGCAGGCAAGGGGGUUGUUGUGGCGCAAAGUGUGGAUGAGGCGCUGGCAGCCGUUGAUGACAUGCUCGUCAACAGGAAAUUUGGCGAGGCCGGGAAUGAGAUUGUUGUGGAGGAAUUCCUGGACGGGGAGGAGGCCUCGUUCUUUGCUCUUGUGGAUGGCGAGACAUGCAUUGCACUGGCGUCUGCACAGGAUCACAAAGCGGUAGGGGAGGGAGACACAGGGCCCAACACAGGCGGCAUGGGAGCUUACUCACCGGCACCUGUUGUCACGUCCUCUGUAGAGUCGCAAGUCAUGGAUGAGAUUGUGCAGAGGACUGCGAGUGCCAUGGUCAAGAAGGGGGUUCCCUUCACCGGUGUUCUCUUUGCGGGGCUCAUGAUCAAAGACGGCCGGGCGAGGUUACUGGAGCACAAUGUGCGGUUUGGAGACCCGGAGUGCCAGUGCCUGAUGAUGCGGCUGCAGAGUGAUCUGCUGGAAGUGCUGCUGGCUGCGGCUGAGGGCAAGCUGGCAGGCACUCAUUUGCAGUGGUCACCCGAGACUGCCCUCACGGUUGUCAUGGCGGCUCGUGGGUACCCAGGCAGCUACACAAAGGGCACUGCCAUCCGCAACCUGGACAAUGUCAGCACUGCAAAGGUGUUCCAUGCUGGGACGAGCAGCAAUGAUGCUGGCGAGGUGGUGGCCACUGGCGGCCGAGUGCUGGGGGUGACUGCCACGAGUGCUGAUGUGGAAGAGGCCCAAAAGAAAGCCUACCAGGCUGUGGAUGCAAUCGACUGGCCUGAAGGCUUCUGCAGGCGUGACAUUGGUUGGAGAGCAGUUGCAAGGACGAAACAAUGA